AUGAGUGAAGAAAGGAUGAACAUCAAGUACUCAUUGAAGGAUCCUGCCAAUGAAAUUCAGCAUUUCGACAUCGACGAGUCCUCAGGAGAAGUUUACGUGACAAAGCCUUUGGAUUACGAAGAGACCAAGUACUAUUCGGCGAACGAAGGAUUUAUUGGACAGAAUUUGCUGUCCGAAGAGAACAGCUUGAAUGAUGUCUAG